CCUUGGGCGGCUCUUCAAUCAUAACAGUUUGUACCUUGCCAGUUAUUAUAUUAGUUCAUAUGACGAACAUUCACAUGCUAAGAACGUUUCAAAUUUAAAUUCAAGAAAACAUUUUUAAUUGUCAAAAUGAAUAUAAUAUUUUCAAGUUGUGCGAUUUUCGUAUUUUUGUUAAGUGCAUCGGAACAAACAUAUUUUCUAAAUGAAAACUACAUAAAUACGAUUAAUAACAAUGCAAAGACUUGGAAGGCUGGCAUUAACUUUCACCCGGAAACCCCUUUGAAAUUCAUAUUGGGACUUUUGGGGUCAAAAGGUGUGAAAGUCUCGUCUACGGGUCCAUAUAAAUCGCAAGACCAGCUGUACAAGUCUAACACAAGUAUUCCGACAGAAUUUGACGCGAGAAAACGAUGGAAGAACUGUACGACGAUCGGGACGAUUCGUGAUCAAGGCAAUUGUGGCUCAUGUUGGGCGUUCAGCACUUCUGGAGCGUUUGCCGAUCGUAUGUGUAUAGCUUCAAAUGGGACAUUCAAUGAACUACUAUCAGCUGAACAAGUUACGUCUUGUUGUUACCAAUGCGGUUUAGGUUGUCAAGGAGGUUAUCCGAUCAGAGCUUGGCGACACUACUACAAACAUGGCCUGGUCACUGGAGGAAACUAUAACUCGUUUCAAGGAUGUCAGCCAUACACGUUUCCACCUUGCUCGGGAAACAAUUCAUGUAGCGGCCAAACGGAAAAAAAUCACAAAUGCCAAAAAAAAUGCUACGGAAAUACAACUAUUUCCUACAGAAAGGAUCACAGAUAUAUUAAAGAUCCACCAUAUUACUUGGAUUACAAUUAUAUACAACACGAUAUAAUAAACUAUGGACCGAUCGAGGCGUCUUUUGAAGUGUACGAUGACUUUCUAUCGUACAAGUCAGGUGUUUACUCGGUAUCACCUAACGCCACGUAUUUAGGAGGCCAUUCCGUGAAGUGUAUUGGAUGGGGAGUCGAAAAAAACGUGCCGUACUGGUUGAUGAUGAAUUCGUGGAACGAAACGUGGGGCGACAGAGGAUAUUUUAAAAUUCGUCGGGGAACGAAUGAGUGCAAAGUCGAUAAUUCAACAUCUGCUGGAAUACCCGAAUAUUAUUCAUAAGUAUACCUAACUUGCAUAAAGAUUUGAUAACUCCCGCUGGUGGUUAGUAUGUACAUCACGAAUACACCAUCAUAAUGAUAAUUUAUUAUUAUCCAUGAAUAUCAUAAAAACCAAAUUUGUAUCCAUACUAUCAUUGAACAGCGAAUACCGAUUGUAUACUAUACUAUUCUAUUUUACGUUGUAUGUUACUAAAAAAUUUAUAUUUUUUUUCUAA